CAUCGUCUCAUUUGUGAACAGUUUACGAAUUCGUCAAGUUGUGCGUCGAGCGGUUAGUGUGAUAUUUUGUAAGAAAAUAUUAGAAAAAUAUAAUUAAAAUAGUGGAAAAUUUCAAUUUCCAUCAGAUUUGUUCGAUUUUAAACAAUAAUUUUACAAGAAAGCGCUUGCUUGUCUUGAAUACAGAAAUUUGUAUCGAUUUUUGUGUGUGUGUAUAAUUUUUUACUAUACAUACUCGGGUACGCACUACUGUAAAAAAAAUAGUGUUGGUGGUUACCAAUCAUCAAUAUGGCGGACGACGAGCAAUUCUCGUUGUGCUGGAAUAAUUUCAAUAGUAAUUUAUCGGCCGGUUUCCAUGAGUCGCUAUGCCGUGGUGAUCUGGUGGAUGUGACGCUGGCGGCAGAGGGACAAUUUGUUAAGGCUCAUCGUCUUGUGUUGUCUGUCUGUUCGCCCUAUUUUCGUAAAAUGUUCACUCAAAUGCCAGCCAAUCAACAUGCCUUUGUAUUUCUCAAAGAUGUUAGCCAUACGGCUCUUAAAGAUCUCAUCCAAUUUAUGUAUUGCGGUGAGGUAAAUGUUAAACAGGAGGCCCUACCAGCGUUUAUAAGUACUGCAGAGGCUUUACAAAUAAAGGGUUUAACUGAUAGUGAUCCACCACAAUCUCAAACACCACCUGAACCCUCAACACCUACGCCACAAAUACAACAGCAACAAAUACAAACGUCGCCUCGUGUACGACAACGUACUUCAACUGCCCGCUCAUAUAAAAUUGAAACGGUCGAAGAUUCCGGUGAUGAUGCAAAACAAACUACACAAAUAGUCAUACAAACAACGGCGCCAACACACCCACCCCAAGCUACAAUUACCACCCAACCUCAACACCAGCAGCAGCAGCAACAUCAACCCCAACAACAGCAGCAGCAGCAACAUCAUCAUCAGCCUCAACAACAGCAACAACAUAUAACGCAACAAACUCUACACACUCAAACACAUCAACUUACCAGCGUUAGUAUGCCAGCGGCUGCCACCACAACUGUGGUGACACAAAAACGACCCGCCCAACGCUCGAGUCUAGGUAGUGUGCCGAAUAUUAAACGCUCCAAGAGUACAAUUGAUCCUUUAGAGGCUUCGGAUGCCAACACAGCUGCUGCCACACAUCAAAUAAACGUACAAACUGUUGUUGCCGAAACUAAACCUCACGUACAACAUCAACAACAGCAUCAAACACAUCAUCACCAGCAACAGGCGCAACAUCAACAGCAAACAAAUGAACCUGAAUACAUUGACUUACCCAUUGAUCUGCCCACAAAAUCGGAACCAGACUAUGCUGAAGAGGCUGGCGAAGUCGAUCAGGCCGAACAAGAUGCCACCUAUGUUGAAGAUGAAUCCUAUGGUGAUAUGCGUUACGACGAAAGUUACUUUACCGAAAAUGAAGAUGCUGCUGCAGCGGGUGGUAAUGCAACGGCAACCUCAACACAAAAUACAAGUGCAACGACAGCCACCACUUCAAAGGCUAUUGUGAAACAACAACCGCUCUCUGAUUCUUCAUACAUGGAUACAUCAGCAGAUCCAGCAAAUAGUGAUGCACAAGUGGUUUUGGCUAAUGAUGUGGUGCCUAAUCCUGAAGAUGUUUUAAUAUUUUUCACUCAAUCUCUAAGAGGACGACCCGCCAUUAUGGCCAAUGGUGUACGUUUUUUGAUUAUGAGUGAAAAUAAAAAGAAAAUCUUAUGGCGUUGUUCUUCAAUGGCUACCAAGAAAAUUAAAUGUCCUGCUCGCAUAACUAUGUUAAAGGAAACACCACCCAAGUUUAUUAUCAAUAAAGCAGAACAUAUUCAUGCUGAAUUGAAACGCAACAAAUAUGGUGCUACUAAAAAUCAAGUUUAUAAUUUGGCUAAAAUUAAAGCUGAAACUGUGGAAUAUGAUAAUACAAUCGGUUAUCAGGUGGUCAAUACAACAGCGGAUCAUAACUAAAGAAGAGGUGAACAAUUUGCAGUAAGAUUAAAAAUUAACGAUUUCUAAAAAUCUUUUUUGUAAUAAUUUUUUUUUGAAACCAUUUAAUUUAGUUUUAUUUUAUAAUUAUGAUUUAAUUUGUGAAUACAAUUAUAUGAAUUCAAAACCCAUAGCUGGGUUACUACUAAGCAAAUUCUCUAUGAAAGUGUUUAUUUUGAUUUCCCUGGCAAUAAUUUGAAUAGAAAAAUGAAUUUUUGUUUUGCUGCGACAAAAUUUUGAAAUUUAAAAAAAUUGAUUUUUAUUAUUUCUGUAUCAUUAGAUUAUGAAUAAAAAUAAAUUAAUUAUAGGAAUUUUUUUGAAUACAGAAACAUUUAUUUAAAAAUCUGAUAUUUUUCUACAAAAAACAAAGGAAUUUUUAAAAUAAUAUAAAAUUAUAUAACAAAGGAAAUAGUAAAUAAAUGUUGAAGAAAACAAUUGUAAUCUACAGAUUAUUUUGAACUGUUUUUAUGUUUUUUUUUUGAAACUGGUUUUGAAUUCGAAUUUUCGAAAUAGUUUUUAAGAAAUUAAUAGCUUUUCGAAAUAAAUUUAUAAAUUAUUUUGAGUAGCUGAAAAUAUUUUUCGAAUAUAACUUCGAUUUUUCGAAAUUAAUAUUUUUAAAAAAAAUUUUUCAAAAACAUAUGUGAAUACGAACAUAACAUUGUAAUCUACAGAUUAUUUUGAACUGUUUUUAAGUUUUUUUCGAAACUGGUUUUGAAUUCGAAUUUUCAAAAUUGUUUUUAAGAAAUUUAUAGCUUUUCGAAAUAAAUUUAUAGAUUAUUUUGAGUGGCUUUCAAUAUUUUUCGAAUAUAACUUCGAUUUUUCAAAAUUAAAAUUUUUUAAAAAUAUGUGUUCGAAACAUAUUUGAAUACGAACAUAACUCUGAAAAUUAUU